UCAGUUGGUUUCUCUCUCCUAAAAAAUGAGAUAGAAGAGAGAGAAAGUCAGAGAGGAGUCAUCAAUCAGCAGAAAUUGAAUCGUUUUAAGAGAGAUACAGUUCUCUACGAAUUUUCAAACCCUUGUUUUUCUCCGUCAAUUGUUUUUCUUGUUACUCGAGAGGAAAACUGUAUCUGCCGUUUUGCUUCUUCAAUUCCGGAUUUUCCGGCGGUGUUUCCGUCCGAUCUUCACCUGAAUCCGGUCAAUUUUACAGUAAAUUAAACCCAACCGGCGAUUGACGACACGGAUUAAAGCGUCUUCUUUUAACAUGAUCAUUCUCUUCAAUCAGUAAAAAAAAAGUUUUUUUUUUUUUGAUUUUUUUUUUUGCGGAAUUGGGGCAUCUGCUUAAAUUAAGUACAAUAACUGUUGAAAAUUCGUUGCAACUCUUCAAAUUUUCAUUCGCGAGAGUGUUUGAAGGGACUAUUGGUUAAUCAAUUGACUUUAUAUCUGUAAUUAAUUCGUGUUUUGAUAUUUUAGGGUUUGGGGGUUGAUUUGAAAUUGUAAGAUGGCUCUUUCUUUCACUAGAAUUUCUUGGUUAUGGUUGGGUGGGAAAGACAAAGAGAAAGUCUCUAAUGGUGGGUUAAUAAAUUCAUUAAAUUCGUUGGGUGAAUGGGGUUUAGGGUUGAGAGGAGAGAGAGAGACAGAAGCUCUGAAAUUAAUGAAGGGGGGCGAUAUUACGAGAAUGCCCUCGUCGGGCUCGAGUAGAAAGUCGAAGAGGAAAUGGAAGAGUAGGGAAGAUAGAAUCAGUAAGAUAGACAGAGAGUACGAUGUGGUGUUAGUUCCGUCAGAUGGUGCUUGUUUAUCGGGGUCGGAAUCCGACGACUCUGAUUGGUCGAUCGGGUGGCUCGAGCCGCACGCCCCCGAUUUUCAGAGCGACGACGAGGAUAGUUUUGCUGUUUUGGUGCCUUGCUAUAGAAAUCAAGAAUUGGAGGGGAAAAAGGAGGAGUAUAGUGCUAAGUUCUUGAUUUCUGCUAAGAACGUUCGAAAUGGUUAUUCUGCUGGGUAUCAGUGUUAGGCUUACGUCGACCGAGGACUGAACGGAAACUCGACAUAUCUUGCUGUUGAUUGGUUCACCACGAACGUCGUUAAAUUUUCUAGAUUUUUCCAUUUUUAUUUUGCUGGUGUAAAUAAAUUCUGAAAAUAAUCAGUUGAUGGAAAUAAGGUGCUCUAUUGCUUGUGUACAUAUUUGUUUUUUUAUUGGACAAGAAUUUCCCCACCUUAUAUAUUGUUCAAGUGUGGUUUUCAUUGUUAAAAUCUCAAGUGAUAUCUUUGGUUUUGUCAUUGAGUUCU